AUGGCGACGCUGUUGAACAAGUCGGCCGAGUCGAUGGCACGUCAGGCCAGCGAUGGCAACCUUUCCGUCAUCCAACGCGUCUACCGGUCAGUCGCGGCAAAACACCGCAUUCCUGGCUGGACUGAAACCCCGUUGACCCACUGGAUCCUCACAGGCAGAUAUGGUGUCGUACCUGCUGUUCAAUCGGCCGCUGGCAUUGAAGCAAAGCGCAAGACCGGCGAGCUGCUUCGCCAGGAUCAACUUUUCGACGAUAUCCUGAAUGACUUGGUGGCCGGUAUGGAGGCGACCAGUUACGUGCUCUCCUUCGGAACAUACUUCCUGCUUAACAAUCCCGAUGUAAAGGCGAAGCUGGAAGCAGAGCUGCGGGAAGUGAGUCCUUUCAUUCGCGAGGAAUUUAACCAUCGCAAGAUCAUGACGUUACCUUAUCUGACGGCGGUGACGAAAGAGUGUCUCCGGUUGAGUAACCCCGUGCCGGGUUUCCUUCCCAGGGUCGUUCCCAAGAGUGGAGUGAAUAUCGGCGGUCACCAUAUUCCCGGUGGGACUCAGAUAUCGAUGAUCCACCCCGUUGUCGAAUUGAACGAAGAGAUUUCCCAAGCCCACACGAAUUCAUCCCCGAGCGCUAGCUGGACGACAAUGGCCGCACACUGGACCAGUGGGGGAUUGCAUUCAGCGAGGGGAGAAGGUAAUGCAUCGGCAAGAAUGUUCUUUUCCCGGUGGGAGAUGGAGCUCUACGAGACGGCAGCGGCAGAUAUGGAGAUUAUUCACCAAUUUGCGCCAAUCAUCCAGGGCGCAAACAUCCGCGGAUUCCGCGAUAGCCAGAGAGGCACUGGAAAUGGCUGUGCUGUCAGUUCGCGAGAGAGAGGCUCGGUCGAGGUGGCCAAACGCCUUCUCUGUCAGGUUCUGAACGAAGGUUUGGUCAGCGGGCUCAAUCGACUGGGCUAUGCAAGGGAAGGCCCGCCUCCAGUUGAAUCCAAAGACCUGCCCAAUUUUCUCACGCCAAAAUUGGCCUUUGUGUCCGUCCUACGAGCAGAAGUCUCCCUCGCAGGCCCAUUCGAGGAAUUGCUGCAGCCUCUUCUAGCGCAAUUGGAAGUCCCUUUUCCCGAGAGCGAUGACAGGGUCAUUGUCCCCUGUCUCCGUCUCCAACUGCCCUGUGUCUUCCAACACUUCCCUAGCGCCGUCGUGGUGAAGACAGUUUCCGGCUGUGCAGACACGCAAGCGUCGAUGCGCACACUCGCCGUGCGUUCAUAUUUCAACUUCCCUUACCAUAUCAAAUCGUCUAUUGCCUGCCAGAUCACUUCAGAUGUACGGGCGAUCCGCCCCUGUCAGACCGUCGGCGGCCAGCUGGUCGGGAAACAGCUGUACAAAUUCUUCCCGUCGGAUCUAUGGUGGUUCAAUGAGGUCGCUUCUGUAUCGGGGAGCCAGGUGGCGCAGGGACACUCGCAAGCAAAUGAAGACAAAGCGCGUCAUAUCGGCUGCAUACUACGUGAGGACUUGGAGGCUCGAGCAAACGCGAACAAUGAGGCGCUAAUCAUCGCGGGGUCGCUGGCUCAGCAGCCUGCGAACGAUCCUCGGACGCAUGCGGAGAUUGUCCUUGGUCUUGAAUCUGUCGAGCAGAAACAAGAGUGGCUCAGAGAGUAUGUGGCGGGCUUUUUGCGCGCUGCCCUCCUCCCGCUGGUGCAGUAUGGCAUCGGGAUGGAAGCCCAUGGUCAAAACACCCUGGUUCGUAGCAUCUGGAGUAAGAUUCAUCAUGCCAUCUUCCAGAAUCACCUGGGCAAUCUGGUCUACGCACUCGGUCUGGACCGCCAUGAUGGAUGGAUGAUCAUCCGGGACGAGGUUACUGCUGCGCUGAAUCCGGACAUUGAUCCGCGGGCCAGGGAGUUGUACGACUUUAUUCUUCAGGAAACGAUGCCGUUUAAGUGCUUUUUGAGGAUGCGGAUGGAUGAGCACUUUAAUAAUUAUGAUGGCGAUGAACAGGAUACACCGAGCGCCAGGCGUGACGAGAGACCACUGCCUAAUGCGCUUCUCGUGGGUUCUGAUAAAUGGGAGAAGAUCUUGGAUGAUCAAGCACAGCAAAUAUCCAAGACUUGGAGAUGA